CCCUUCCCGGGCUGGGGGAGUCCCUCCCGCCGCCAGCCGCCCGCGCGCGCCGCUCCCGGGACGGUCCCUGCGCGGCGCGGGGCGCACCAUGGCUCGCUGGGCUGUCUGCGCGCUGCUGCUGGUCGGCCUGCUCGGCACCCUGCUGCCCGCUCGCGGCCAAGAUUUUGACUUAUCGGACGCCCUUGACGACAGUGGCACGAAAUCCACUUCUGCCCCCAAAAAGCCCAGCGCCGGUGAUGACUUCAGUUUAGAAGAUGCCAUUGGAGGACACAAUGACCCAACGCCACGCAGUCCACCCAAGCCAAAACCUAAUCCAAACCCCAGCCACCCUGGCUCCUCCGGUGGCUUCUCGGAUUCUGACCUCAUCGAGGGGAAUUCAGGUGGAGGAGGCGGCGGUGGUGGGGCCGGUGGCGGUGGCGGUGACGGUGGAAACCAGAGGCACGACGGGGAGGAGCAGGGCGAGUCCCAGGGGGUGGUCCCUGGGAUCAUCGGGGCUGUCGUGGUCGCCGUGGCUGGAGCCAUUUCCAGCUUCAUUGCCUACCAGAAAAAGAAGUUGUGCUUCAAAGAGAACGAUGAGUCGAAGAUGUAGGGAGCAGAAGACCCCAGGCGGGCCUCCGGGUCGUCCUCUCUGAUCCGUGUUUGUCUACAAGGACGCGGAGUGCAGAGCACACCUUGCCCCUGUGUCCGCGUCCUGUCUCGGGCAGUUGCCGCAGUGAUGUAUUUUCCCCCAGCCUGGAUUCCAUCCCCCCAAUUCUUCAUGUUUGCUCCCUUUCGGAUGUGCAGAAGCUUAUGAUCUUAUAUUUUGAGGCACAGGGAGCUUCAGAAAAAGGAAGAGAGAUGCAGAGAUUCUGUUGCAAAGGGAAAUCUGAAAGGAAGCAAUGAUGAGGUUUAGGGGCGUGUUCCCACGGACUAACCAGGUUUCUCACCCUCCGGUCCCUCCUUGCCAGUGGGUCCUCCAGGAGGAUGGACGGCAGGGGCGGCCGCCUUCCUCCCUGCCCUGUCUUGGGUCGUAGGGUUUCAUCUUUCCCCCCGAUGGUGCAGUUUUUAACAGUCUGCUUCCAUCGCCCCUGGAUUUAUGUGGUCCAUUUCCAAGAAUUAACUCUCUCUCUCUGUCUGACUAUUUUUUUCCAAAUAUGUAAACUUCCUGGUUCUCAGCAGGAAAAAAAAAUCUGCACAUUUAGGAAUAACCUAAAAAAACUUCAGGUUCUUAAAAUUCUAAGGUCAGCAGAGCAGGGUGAGUGAUGGGGUCUUGUGGACACUGAGAAUUUUUGCAUCCUUAUGUAUAUCCCUGUAUGUGUGGAAAUCAUGACUUUUUUCCCCCCUUUGUCACAUCAGACCAGCUCCUUUUUGGGUGUAAACAUUACUCUCUUAUUCAGACCUUGGCUGAGGGUCAAGGUGAAUGGGUGGCGGUCUUAUGGGGGCUGAGUUGCAGGUUUGGGGGUUCGCAUCUGGAGCUGGGUUGACAACCCUGCAAUGGGGACUCUAAAUGCUCCUCCCGGGUCUGGGCACCCUCCACUGGGCUGUUCUCGCUCCGGGUCACAUUCGGCUCCAGCUAAACAUGGUCUCAACAAGGCAGAAUCCCGGCUUCUUGGAGACCCCCCGCCCCGGAGGACAGAGCCGCACUGUCAUCACGGCCGGCGGUGCCCUUGCCCCGUUCCUGUGUGUGCCGACUUCGCUGGGUCCUCUCCUGACCCACGAGGCACCCACCCUCAGGCUCUCCCCAGAUGCCCGGCGGUUGUGACAGCAACGUCGAAAUACAGUGUGCCCACCCCAUCCCUCCUCUCCAGCCCGAAAUGUUUAUUCCGAUAGUGGGGAACUGGACAUACUUUUUGCUUGCUGGAAAUCACGUUUGGCCCCAAACGGAUUUUGUUCUUGGCACACUUUGCUGUUUACACAGGCAUUUUUUUUUCCCCGUUUCCUUAAACACUGCCAGAUGUGAUGUAGGCUUUCCACAAUGCCAUUAGAGUGUUUUUGCUGCGUUUCUUUCUGUCUUUUCUUUUCUUCUUCUUUUGUUUUUCCUUUUAAAUUGUGCUGGGGAGGGGUGGCUUAUCUUGUGAAAUGAAAGCAUAUUUAGGAUUUCUUGCCAUAACCGUUCGCUCUAAUAUGUAUCUGUGUUGAUUACCUGCCCGGGCAGCAGAAGACAGGAUAUGUGUGGCUACCGUCCUGCAGGAUUUUCAUAGGUCCCUUUGAAUUCUCUCCUCUUUCCUUCCUUCCUUCCUUCCUUCCUUCCUUCCUUCCUUCCUUCCUUCCUUCCUUCCUUCCUUCCCUUCCUUCCUUCCUUCCUUUCCUUCCUUCCUUCCUUCCUUCCUUCCUUCCUUCCUUCCUUCCUUCCUUUCCUUCCUUCCUUCGUUUCCUUCCUUCCUUCGUUUCCUUCCUUCGUUUCCUUCCUUUCCUUCCUUCCUUUCCUUCCUUCCUUUCCUUCCUUCCUUCCUUCCUUCCUUCCUUCCUUCCUUCCUUCCUUCCUUCCUUCCUAUCCUUCAUUCCUUCCUUCCUUCCUUUUUCUUUCUUCCUCUCUCUCCCUUUCUUUCUCUCUCUUUUUGUCUUUCUUUGUCCUUUUCUUUUUUGAACUGUAGGAUUUUGGUCUCUAACUGGGGUCUCCUCUCGUGGUCGGGGGGGAGGGCGGCACCUUACCAAAAUCCAGUUCCCAGAGAGGGUGACACAUGUCUCUGGGACCCGGAUGGAAAGUGGGGCCAGCUGUUGACGAGUUACCCGACCCCGGGACGAGGCCACUGUGCUCUGGGAGCCGGGGACGCGGUUGUCACGGGUCCCGGGAGCUCGUCUGGCUCCUUUCAUGCCACGUGUGCUUCCUACGCCUUCACGACCGCGCAGCAAAGAAAUAAACAUGUUUGGACCUGGAA